UGUUUUGCAGACAAACAUCUGUAUCGAAAAUUUUUCGAAAAGAGCUCUAAAAAUAAAGUCACUUGUAAGAUUUGCUCGUUAAAAAUGGGCCGAAGUAAUAUGGUUCGACAUUAUAAAUUAAAACAUCAAUUUGAUUUUGUAAACACUGAAACUAAAAAGAAGGAAAAACCUUGCUCCGGGUCCGGAAAGAAACCUAGUCCUUGGUCAAAAUAUAGCAUCGAGGUGGGUGAAAACAAAUUCAAGUGCGUCAUGUGCUCUAAUGUUCUUAAUAUGCCGAAAGCUCACGGCAACCUGAAACGUCAUAUUAAAUUUAAGCACCCUAGAGUUUAUGAAAGGGAAACAAAGGAAAACUUGAAAUCACUUUUGAAACAAUUUGGUGUAAAUUCAGAAAUGGAAGCACUGAAAAUCAUGAAAGAGAAUGAAGAACCUCUAGAAACAGAUAUGGCCCUUGGAGAAGCAGAAUAUCUUGAAGAAUAUAUUGACGAAGAGAUCAUUGAUGAUGAGACUGCAGCAACUGUAACAAGUGAUUCCGAUAAAGAAAAGAAUCUUAUGGAAGAAGGUGAACAUGUGGGAAAAGAUUUAAUAGUUGAAGCUGAUCUUUUGUCGAAGAAGAAACCUGGUCCAAAUGAAGAUGAAAGUCCAAUCGUACAUGAAAUUACUUAUCGAGAUGACGAUAAAAUACUAAAGAUUGGGAACUUCGAGUAUGUAAGCGAAGACGAUGAGAAAUUUGAAGAGAAAAUCAAAUGGUUAGCGGAUAGAGCCGUUCCUGGGAGAAGGUUUUUUAGAACGCGUAUAUGGAAUUUCUUUAACGAAAUAAAACGGAAUCAGCUUUAUGAAUGCAAGAUUUGUCGUAGGAAGCUAGCAGGAUGGACUGGCAGCUCCUCGAAUCUUAAGCGUCACUUAGCAUUAAAACAUGCAAGAGCUUUUGAAAUUAUAACCAAUAGUCCAAAUUUUAAAAAAAUACCUCAAGGUACUAUUGACAAGCUAGAGAAAUAUAUUAUUGCAUCAAAAGAAAAGACCUUCGAAACAUCAUACUUUGUGGAUCAGGGAGAUAACAAUUACAAAUGUAAGGUUUGCGACGAAGUGAUAAACUCUGAUGAGGCAGACAGCAUGUUGUUGUUUAAACAUAUUAAUGAAAAUCACUCUGAAGAGAUCGUCGGUGGUAUUGAAGAACCAGUCGGUGGUAUUGCAGAACCAAGCGAUGAUGACCAAGAGAUCAGUGUUCUAUUUGUCAAAAAGAAAGACUUGCAAAUAUCUUAAGUCGUUGUUUUAAGAUAUGACUUAAUACGUUCCAUGUAAACUACUUUUUUUUCGCAGGAAUAUUAACUCGUAGAGCGAGUCGAUGACUCUGAUAGGGUUAAGCUUUAAUACUCCGUACGGAAAAUAGGCGUUUACAGUCCGCUAUCGC